UUCUCCUAAAACAAUAGCUGCUAUACCAGCUGUUCUGGUUGAGGAGGAGUGAUGGGUAGACUGUUAAAAAUACACCCCGAGGACUUAGAGUUUCUGAAUACAGUCACAUCUGCUGUACAGAUAGCUUAAGGCUGAUUUUUCUUCUGAGUUGUUAAGAGAUUGUCAGAAUGUGGGAAUGCGAGGUUGACUGUAUGUAAUAGCUCCAUUUUUUUUCCCAGCAGAUAAGCCAUUCACAAAAUUCCUCUGCUAUCUAUGGUACAUAAUAGAAACAUCAAAAAUGGGGUAGCAGUCUGAAUCUAAAAAGAAAAACAGAACUCACCUUAAGUAUUUAGAACAGAAGGAAUGUAAUCUAGGGGAGUGGUCACACAGGUGAUGGGAGAACUGAGAAUGCAGGCUGCAAUGAGGCAAGCCGGAGAUGAGGCAACAAGCAGGAAACUGCUGCCACCCCUAAGUUGGAGGGUGAAGGAAGGAGAUGGCAUUUCAGACUACAGGGACAGCUGUCACCCACCAAAAACUGGGGUCACAAGGGGUCCAUCUGGCAGUGGCUGGAGCCUUGCAAGGGCACAGCUGCUGCUGCAGAUGUACUGUUCCCCUCCUGCCUGGGAAACCUGGCCUUGCUGGGGUCACCUCCUCCACAACUUGGACUGGAGCAGAAGGACAAAGAAUGGAUCUGAGGACAAGCUGGCCCAGGACCAAAACUACCAUCAUCAAAGAGGGGAUGCUGACCAAACAGAACAAUUCAUUCCAGCGAUCAAAAAGGAGAUACUUUAAGCUUCGAGGGCGAACGCUUUACUAUGCCAAAACGGCAAAGUCAAUCAUAUUUGAUGAGGUGGAUCUGACAGAUGCCAGCGUGGCUGAAUCCAGUACCAAAAAUGUCAACAACAGUUUUACGGUCAUAACUCCAUGCAGGAAGCUCAUCUUGUGUGCUGAUAACAGAAAAGAAAUGGAAGAUUGGAUUGCAGCAUUAAAGACUGUGCAGAACAGGGAGCACUUUGAGCCCACCCAGUACAGCAUGGACCACUUCUCAGGGAUGCACAAUUGGUACGCCUGUUCCCACGCGAGGCCGACCUACUGCAAUGUGUGCCGUGAGGCUCUGUCUGGGGUCACGUCGCACGGGCUGUCCUGCGAGGUGUGCAAAUUUAAGGCCCACAAGCGCUGUGCUGUGCGUGCAACCAAUAACUGCAAGUGGACCACACUGGCCUCGAUCGGGAAGGACAUCAUUGAAGAUGCAGAUGGGAUCGCAAUGCCCCACCAGUGGUUGGAAGGAAACCUACCUGUGAGCGCCAAGUGCACUGUGUGCGACAAGACCUGUGGCAGUGUGCUGCGCCUGCAGGACUGGCGCUGCCUCUGGUGCAAGGCCAUGGUUCACACAUCGUGUAAAGAAUCCUUGCUGACCAAGUGCCCACUUGGCCUGUGUAAAGUGUCAGUCAUCCCACCCACGGCUCUCAACAGCAUCGACUCCGAUGGGUUCUGGAAGGCGAGCUGUCCUCCGUCUUGCACAAGCCCACUGUUGGUCUUCGUCAAUUCAAAAAGUGGGGACAACCAGGGUGUGAAGUUCCUCAGAAGAUUCAAACAGCUGCUAAACCCCGCCCAGGUCUUCGACCUCAUGAACGGAGGCCCACACCUCGGCUUACGGUUAUUCCAGAAGUUUGACACGUUCCGGAUUCUGGUUUGUGGUGGGGAUGGAAGUGUUGGCUGGGUCCUCUCCGAAAUCGACAGCCUCAACCUUCAUAAACAGUGUCAGCUGGGAGUGCUGCCGCUCGGCACAGGGAACGACUUGGCCCGAGUGCUGGGCUGGGGCUCAGCCUGCGAUGACGACACCCAGCUCCCCCAGAUCUUGGAGAAGUUGGAGAGAGCCAGCACCAAGAUGCUGGACAGGUGGAGCGUCAUGGCAUACGAGGCCAAGCUCCCCCGGCAGGCCUCCUCCUCCACCGUCACCGAAGACUUCAGCGAGGAUUCCGAGGUUCAGCAAAUUCUCUUCUAUGAAGACUCGGUUGCAGCCCACCUUUCUAAAAUCCUCACCUCGGACCAGCACUCGGUGGUCAUCUCCUCGGCCAAAGUGCUCUGUGAGACGGUGAAGGACUUCGUGGCCCGGGUGGGGAAGGCCUAUGAGAAGACGACCGAGAGCUCGGAGGAGUCAGAGGUCAUGGCCAAGAAGUGCUCUGUCCUGAAAGAGAAGCUGGAUUCCCUUCUCAAGACCUUGGAUGAUGAGUCACAGGCCUCGUCCUCUCUGCCUAACCCGCCCCCCACCAUUGCUGAGGAGGCUGAAGAUGGAGAUGGGUCGGGCAGCGUCUGCAGCUCCAUGGGGGACCGCUUGGUGGCAUCAGCUUGCCCGGCCCGGCCGCAGAUAUUCCGGCCUCGAGAACAGCUCAUGCUGAGAGCCAACAGCCUGAAGAAAGCGAUUCGUCAGAUCAUAGAGCACACAGAGAAAGCUGUCGAUGAGCAGAAUGCCCAGACCCAGGAGCAGGAGGGCUUCGUGCUGGGCCUGUCUGAGUCAGAGGAGAAGAUGGACCACAGAGUGUGCCCACCACUGUCCCACAGCGAGAGCUUCGGGGUCCCCAAGGGGAGGAGCCAGCGCAAAGUGUCGAAAUCUCCAUGUGAAAAGCUGAUCAGCAAAGGAAGUCUGUCCCUGGGCAGUUCUGCUUCCCUUCCACCCCAGCCAGGAAGCCGGGACGGCCUGCCUGCACUCAACACCAAGAUCCUGUACCCAAAUGUCCGGGCUGGAAUGUCUGGUUCCUUACCUGGUGGCUCAGUCAUCAGUCGCCUGUUAAUUAAUGCUGAUCCCUUCAACUCUGAACCAGAAACCCUAGAGUAUUACACGGAGAAAUGUGUCAUGAACAACUAUUUUGGCAUCGGCCUGGAUGCGAAGAUAUCCCUGGACUUUAACAACAAGCGCGAUGAGCACCCAGAGAAGUGCAGGAGCCGAACCAAGAACAUGAUGUGGUAUGGAGUUCUUGGAACCAAAGAGUUGCUGCACAGAACCUACAAGAACCUGGAGCAAAAGGUCUUGCUGGAGUGUGACGGGCGACCCAUCCCACUCCCCAGUCUUCAGGGAAUUGCUGUCCUUAACAUUCCCAGCUAUGCCGGAGGAACCAACUUCUGGGGGGGGACCAAGGAAGAUGAUACUUUCACAGCUCCGUCAUUCGAUGACAAGAUUCUGGAGGUGGUCGCCGUGUUCGGCAGCAUGCAGAUGGCCGUCUCUCGAGUCAUCAGGCUGCAGCAUCAUCGGAUCGCCCAGUGUCGCACGGUGAAGAUCUCCAUCCUUGGGGAUGAGGGCGUGCCUGUGCAGGUGGAUGGAGAGGCCUGGGUCCAGCCGCCAGGGUAUAUUCGGAUUGUCCACAAGAACCGGGCACAGACACUGACCAGAGACAGGGCAUUUGAGAGCACCCUGAAGUCCUGGGAAGACAAGCAGAAGUGCGAGCUGCCCCGCCCUCCAUCCUGUUCCCUGCACCCGGAGAUGCUGUCGGAGGAGGAGGCCACCCAGAUGGACCAGUUUGGGCAGGCGGCAGGGGUCCUCAUUCACAGUAUCCGAGAAAUAGCUCAAUCUCAUCGGGACAUGGAGCAGGAACUGGCCCACGCCGUCAAUGCCAGCUCCAAGUCCAUGGACCGUGUGUAUGGCAAGCCCAGAACCACAGAGGGGCUCAACUGCAGCUUCGUCUUGGAAAUGGUGAAUAACUUCAGAGCUCUGCGCAGUGAGACGGAGCUGCUGCUGUCUGGGAAGAUGGCCCUGCAGCUGGACCCCCCUCAGAAGGAGCAGCUGGGGAAUGCUCUUGCUGAGAUGGACCGACAGCUCAGGAGGCUGGCGGACACGCCUUGGCUCUGCCAGUCCGCAGAGCCCGGCGAUGAAGAGAGUGUGAUGCUGGAUCUUGCCAAGCGCAGUCGCAGUGGUAAAUUCCGCCUCGUGACCAAGUUUAAAAAGGAGAAAAACAACAAGAACAAAGAAGCUCACAGUAGCCUGGGAGCCCCGGUUCACCUCUGGGGGACAGAGGAGGUUGCUGCCUGGCUGGAGCACCUCAGUCUCUGUGAGUAUAAGGACAUCUUCACACGGCACGACAUCCGGGGCUCUGAGCUCCUGCACCUGGAGCGGAGGGACCUCAAGGACCUGGGCGUGACCAAGGUGGGCCACAUGAAGAGGAUCCUGUGUGGCAUCAAGGAGCUGAGCCGCAGCGUCCCCGCCGCCGAGGCCUAGCCUCUGUCCUCUCAGCCUGCGGCCUCCACAUCCCCGCCACCGAGGCCUAGCCUCCGCCCUCUCAGCCUGUGGCCUCUGCGCCUCCUGCCACUGAGGCCCUGGGCGGAUGCUGCAGCCCGCCCCCUUCUCAUGGUGCUACUUCUGCUGUCAGCUACAGAAAGCCUCCGUGACACCGUCCACCAGAGCUCUGGGGUCUCGAACAUAACAACACAGCUACCUUUGAAACAACACCUUCUCCAGCUCAGAGUCACCUGGGGCACAUGUGUCACGGCCACUCAGCUCUCGCCCACCUGUGCUGUGGGCCAGGGAAUCCAGCAGCAUCUGGCCUCCUGGGCACUGCUUGCCUGGCCUCGUGCUUGGAUUGUCCCGGGGGCUCCUCUCCGUGUGUCCUUCUGUGGCUGCACCGUGUGGCUCUGCCUCCUGGCCCCCGGCCAGUUGUCAGAAAUGUGGCUGGGGCCCAGCCACCCUGUGGCUUCACAGCAGCCUGCAAGGGCCCCUGUUUGUUGAUGCAGCUCUUGUUGAACAAAACUCAUGCUCUUUCCUGCUUUGAAAGUAGCAUGGAUGUUUCCAGUCUUGUUGGUUGUAAUUUGACGUGAAGAGAAAAAAAAAAUUCCUCCUGCGUGAGCCAAGGCAGCGGGUGCUGUUUCCCAGGCGGGGAGCCCCUCCCUGGGUGUCACAGGGCCUGUGCUCCUCCCUCCUCCAUCCUCCCUCCCGCUCCUCCCUCCCCCACUGUGGGCUGGGGACGCCUGCCCUUCCGUCUCUGGAUGCUCUAGGCCUUGAGUUCAGCUUGGGGCUGUGAGCGAGGCAGCUCGCCAGCUGCAUCCCUGCAGACAGAGGAUGUGUGUCCACAUGAGUUCAGUGUUUCUGUGUGGGAAAUGCUUCCUGGCUCUGGGAAACUUUCUGCCCAUUCCGUGGUUCCCAGGGCGCGUGGCCCUGGUAGGCAGGGGUAGUUUGACCUCUUCAGCCCGUCCGGUGGCCUGGAGGCCGGAGGCUCUCCUGUGUGUCUCUGCCACUGCAGUGGCUUCUUGUUGCCUGCUGCCGGGUGUGAUGUCGCUGGAGGUGCUGGCAGGGACUCUGAUUUGAUGGUCCGCGCUCCUGCCCUGCCUCUGUCCUGGCUCUGAACUAGUAGAUGAUGGUGCCAGAGGGCAGGGAGCUCCCCUGGGGAGAUGGCUGUGCCCCGUAGGGACAGUCCCCAGGUGGAGGAUGCCCCUGGUCCUCCAGGGCACUGACUUUGCCCUUUUUUCCGCUUGAUAGUCAUGGCUCAGAGGUGCUUGUAAAUGUCUUGGGAAGAGGUUUCUGUAACCCCUGCCCUGGUGUGAGGAGGAAAUGGCUCUGGCCUGGCUGCCUGGCCGUGGCUUCUCUUUGGCUCCCAAAGAGAAGGCCAGUGUUGGGAGUGUCUGCCGUCGCCGUCGCGGUCCUUUAGUCAGCGUCACUCUAUCUGAUGUGCGGAAGCUGGGCUGCACCUGCAGGGGGGGCAUAGACAGGGCUGGGUCUGCAGCAGCCCCUAGUCCUGAGCAGGUGGCAGUGAACAGCCCUGGCCCACCUCCCACUCACAGCCCCUCUGUCCCCUCUGCAGCGUGCCUGGGUGGGUGCCUCGGCGUGCCUUGGGGUGCUCCCCUCUCAUGGUCAUUCUGGGCCGAGGCCCUUGGAGUGUGGAGGCUGAGCCAGGCCUUGGGUUUCCCCAGCGCAGCCUCCUGUCUCUGCAUGCGGCGUCCCGGGAUUUUUGGUUGAAAGACUCUCCCAUGCUCUGCUGGGGGACUUAGCUGCCUCACUGGACGUGAUGUGGGUGGAAGGUGGUUGUAUGUCACCUUUUCCACCUCUCAUUGUUUUCCUCAGAACCUUUUAGAUGGGGGUGGGCAGAGGGGAAAUGAGCCGGCCACAGCAGCUGCUUAGUUUCCCAGGUGGACCGGGCUAACACAGGAGAUGAUGGGAACCUCCCUGCAUGACCCCUGGCCCUGCUAGCCUGGCGGUGUGGGCAUCCUGGCACUCUUAGGGUCCCAGGACAAGCCCCAGGCAAGCUGGAACUCGGGUGAGGAGGGGACAUGAGGAGGAUAAACAGCUGACUGUGGCUUCAAGGACAUCAGGGCCACCCCAAGUCCUCAGUGUCCUACUCCUGGCAGGGAGUUGGGUUUGGAUCAAAAGUGUUUAAAAUUAAUAUGUUGUCAGUGAUUAAAACAACACUGUUUACAUAAAAACCAUUUUUCUAAUUCUAACAAGUUAGAAGUGAGGAAGGAAUGAACACGAGUGUCUAGGAACCUGCCCUUUGGUGCUGGGCUGGCGUCCCGCACUGGGGUGUCCUCGCUGUCUGGGGGCUGCUCUGCUGCCCCGGCCCAGGUCCCAUUGUGGUGUUGCCAGACGGGCCUCACGGUCUGCUGUGCAGAGAGAGGCAGGAAGGAUCCCUGAAGAGUCUUGGAGAAAAGGUUCUGUGCCCUCAGGUGGGGCUUACCCCCUCGUAUUUAUAAUCUUAAUUUAUAUAGUGACCACCGUGGAAACAAAUGCCUCUUGUAUUGUUAUGUACAUAGUCCAUACCUGAGUGCUGUACAUAAGUUGUUCUGUGUAUAAAUAAAACAAGCCUGUUUUUGAUCUUC